CCCAAAACCGCCGGAGUGGGAUCUCUUGGUCGCGACCGAUCGGAGGAAACGCCAAACUUGAUCUGUAUAAUAGCGUUGUGGGGUUAAAUUUUGAGGGCAUUUAGCAAAUUAUCGUUGAGCUCGUCAGGUGGUGCUGUACAUUUCCUUCUUUUUUUCGAGAGGUGAAAGCCGGUAGUGCGCGUGGUUAAGUAACGAACAGCGGAAAACAGGUGGAGUUAACCUGGGAAAAGUGAUGAUAAAAACACAAAAUCACUAGAAGCGAUUCUAAGCACAGCAACUGGAAGGAAACAAAGCUAGAAUCUUAAGUGGAAACGUGCGUGAUUGGAAUACCGAAGGCGGUGAAAUUUAAAACCAUUAUCUGCAGUUUACGUUCGUUGGCCCGGUUCCCGUUCGAGGCGAUAGAAGAGUAUCUCGGGAAAAGAGCUUCCGCCCAGAGAAGUGAAAGUGUAUUGCCGUUCUGAAGCGCUCGUUUGUUGAAGAGGUGUUUUUUGGGUAGUGAGAACAGAAAACCAAUACACGGUGUGAACGAAACAAAAACAGAAUCCUUCGUCGGAUUGUUGAACUAGUGUUCGCAGUUUUUUUUUGUGGUUUGUCCAAGGACGAGGGAAUUCAUUCAGGUUCGCACCCCGCAACGAUUCGCACGUCGGCUGGAUAAAUUUUGCAAAUCGAAAAAUGCUGCGACCGUCAGCAUUGCUCAUUUGCGCAUUGGCGCUCGCUACGACAACGCAAGGGGUCGUCAAUAGUGAAGCACAGCGUCGCGAGGCACCCAUCGCCGACACGUAUGGAUUACCGCCCUCAUCGCCGGCAUUCUCUCUAGGUGAGCUCCCUGUUGCGGUUUACGGAACACCAGCCGUAGCGCAUUAUCCGCCGCCCCCGCCAGAUAUUCCACCGCCGGCACCGCACGGUCCCAGCAAGGAAUAUGGUGUUCCGGUUCAAAACUUUGGUCCCCCGAAGAUCAAUAUCGAAUACGGACCACCGCACAUACCCAAACCAUCAUUUCAUCAUCCCCCAAAGCCAGUGUACGGUCCACCGCAUCAUCCGCACCAUUCAGCUCCACCAAGGAAGCAGUCCUCCCUGUUCGAGUCACUUUUCUCUUCCAUCGGUUUUGGAGGUGAGCAAGCCCAUCAUCACGGGCCUCCCCCGAAGCAAGUUUAUGGACCACCGGCUCACUCUUUCCCGAAACCAACGUUCGGAGGCCCGUCCCUACCCCAGCUGGGUCCUAAACCAGUGUACGGUCCUCCCAAGCAAAUUUUCGGUCCCCAAAAGAAUGUGUUCGGUCCACAGAAAACGGUCUUCGCGGUGCAACAGUCAUUUGGUCACCACCAGGGUGCAUCCCACCUACCACCAACUCCACCAGAAAUCAAAUGCGAUGGGUGGAAGCCAAUCGCUGGACCAGCAGUUCAGACUACCAGCCACCUAGAGAUUCACGCCCCAGAAUCGUCUUACGGACCCCCGCCAAGUGGUGAUUUCCUUGCCAACCAUCAGCAGAGCUCUUCGCUGGACAUUGGCCUUCAGUUGCCUCACAUAGAGCCGGGCCCAUCAUUCAACAACGAUCUUCAUCAUGAAUUGGAUUUUGGCAAGGGAAACAGUCUUGAAAUUCAUUCGAACGUCAUCACAGACUCUUACUCAGCCCCACCUGUCGAUUCCUAUGCUCCGAACAAAUACAGGCCAUCGUUCUUCAAACCAGGUCCACCACAUGGCCCACCCAAGUUUCAGUUGCCACCACCAUCCUUCCACGGAGCUCCGCACCGACCUGGACCCAUAUCACAUGGCCUAGCCAUAUCUCAUGGAAGCGUCAGCGGUAACCUCAAACCAUGGUCAGGACCAGUGUCACCACCUCGACAACCUAUCGUGUAUCGUCCUCCAGUCCCACAGGGUCUGAUCGAAUCCAUUGGUAAUACCGUUGAACAUCUGGACAACUUUGGAACCAAACCAAACUACGCAGGUGAUGUGUAUCUCCCACCGCCAACCACUGGGGAUGCCUCAUCGUACCAAACCGUCCCGCAUAUCAACAGUCUCCCAUCCGAAAAUCCACCGCAGCCUUUCCUGAUCCAGCACCAUCUACCAGAAGCAUUGCCCCAAAUCCAGCAGCCACGUCACCAGGAACAACAAACAAUCAUUGCUGUCGCCAAUGACUGUGGACACGGUCCCGAGUUACAAUCGAACGGCGGUGAUUCACAGUCCUCCUUAUCUUACUAUAGUACAACCGGAUCCCAGUCAUCUUCGUCGUUCGGCACCGAGUAUUCGAACAAUAUUGACACCAGCUACGGGCCUCCACCGUCCGGGUCGAUCAAUGAAGUCCACAGCAAUAAUCAACUGGAGGGAAGCUUUAUCCAGCAAGCCUCGGGACUUAUAAGCGAAAUUCACAGCACCGAACAUAUUCACGACAGCUACGCUCCACCGGCUUCCGGGGAUAGCUACAGCAGUCAUCAGCUGCAGGGCAGCGAGUCCAUCGCCACCGCUAGUCUACCCGGCCUAACUGGAGGCCUCAACGGCCUCGAACUGGUUUCUGCCCAAAGAUCACAAAGCGUAACAAUUCCGGUUCAGGGUAAGCACGCUUCGUACCAGCUGCAAUUCCAGUCAGCCGACCCCGUCGGUUCCGGAAACGGAUCUGGUGCGCCCCACGAGCAAAUCCUCUCCGAAGGUCUUCUGCAGUCUAUCCUGUCGGCGAUAGAACAACCUCAAACGAAUUUCCGCCCCGAAGAGCCCUCCUAUGAUCCGAACAUCGAUCACAGCGAGGUGUCGGUGUUCCUCAAGAGUCCCGAAGGUCAAAAAACUCUAGCAGACCCGCCGAGCUCGGCAGACCAUAAGCGAUAAGCAUUGGAGUUUCAGUAGAGUCACAACAAUAUUUGUAAGCAGCUGUCAUAACGGGAGGCAGGAGUAGCAUUUCUCAUCGAGCCUAUUUUAAUUUAUUACCAGUCCUUAUUUUGCUUCCGUGUGUGUGUUUUUGAAUGUGUGUGAGUGUGUACCUCCCCCAUCUGCUCAUCUAAACCGCAAUGCCAACGCAAAUUAUCAAUAAUGGCCAUAAUCGCGGUGCAGCUUCUCGGCCGCCGCACGGUUCACCACGAAUGUUACCAUGAAAAUGUGUGUUUAAGUUACCACAGUUAGCGUGUUUAAGUCUUCAUCAAAAUCAGCUAUCCUCACGCCGGCAGUCGCACCUGAGGAUGUCGGUCCGAUGACACGUGAUGCAAGGAACGAUAAUUCCGCCUCCAUGAGUGGAGGAAUGUGUAUAAUAACGAUGUCAAAAGAUUGAAUCUGAGCGUUAGUGAAUGGGAGGGACAAUUUCCACCCCCAUUUGUACGGUGUAAAGUGACAUGAAGCGCUACUGUAAAGUGAGGAAAAGACAAGUUAUAGGGCCGAGAUACAUGUUAGUGACGCGAGCUUAGCGUUUAGUAAGUCUUUCGCUCAUUCCGUACAAAGUGGAACAAACGAUUUGGAUCAAGAUCAAGAAGUGUGGCGAGGGAAAGGAAACAAUUGAGUGCAUUACCUGUAACAAAAAUAAACUCGAACAAAUGAGAGUGUGUGUAUAUUUAUUACUUAAAUUGUGUAGAAAUGAAACGAAUACGUCGAUUUAAUAGUAAUGUAUGGUUAGACGCACAGUAAGAUUGUAAUAUGAAAAACAUAAUAAA